CACAUUAGACAUCAAGAGGAACUGCCAUGCACUCUCCAGUCACUCUUCUUAUUUAUGCUUUGUGCUUCACAGUCGUUGAAGCUCAAAUCCCAAAUCCUUAUGAAUAUGACUAUGAGGACAACAAGAAGUGCCCUUUGACGGAGUCCAUCAGAGGGGGUACAGUGUCAUACUCUGCUGGAGGAGAGCAAGGGAGUGUACUAACUUAUCAUUGCAAGGAUGGCUACGAACCGCAUCCAGUCAGACAAAGGACGUGCAGCCCUGAAGGGGUGUGGAUUGAACAGGUUUCUUUGGUAAUUUGCCAAGAAAAAGAGGGAGAUUAUGACUACGGGGAUUAUGAGGUCGAAGUGAAGAACUGUUCCAUGUCUGAGGUCAUAGAAGGAGGCAAUGUGUCCUACUCCAAUCUGGGCUUUGAGGGCAGCAUGUUGACUUAUCACUGCCAGGCUGGAUAUUACCCAUAUCCAGUCAGCCAGAAGAUCUGUAACUCCGAGGGACAGUGGUCUGCCAUGGGGCUUCCUUUUGGGAAGCCAGUAACAAAAGCAAAAUGCAAAGAGGUCUUUUGUCCAGCUCAGCUCCAGUUGGACAAUGGUGAAAUCUGGCCUAGGCAACAAUGGUUUCAGGUAGGGGAACAACAGAACUUCUCAUGUCAGGAUGGGUUUGUCCUGCUGGGGUCUGCACAGCGUAACUGCACCCAGUGGGGGACAUGGACUGGGAGCACACCAGUUUGUGAUAACCAAGUCGAUGACUGCCAAAACCCUGGGACUCCACCUGGGGCCACACGUUCUGGAGAGAGGUUCCGUACUGGGGAGAAGGUCCAGUACCGCUGCCACGCGGGACUGGACCUGUUGGGUUCGUCUGAACGAGUGUGUCUCGAAUCCCGAGAAUGGAGUGGGUCAGAACCCCGCUGCUUGGCCCAGUACGCAUUUGAUUCUCCUAGCUCUGUGGCUCAGGCAAUGGGAGGUUCUCUGUCUGGCGUCAUGGAUGUCUCAUCUCCUGAGUUCAAAAAGAAAGAAAGUUUUGGGAGAACUUUUAACAUGGCUGAUGGUCGUAUCAACGUCUUCAUUCUAUUAGACACUUCAGGUAGCAUCACUCAGAAGCACUUUGAUGAGGCAAGAGAUGCUACUGCUAGCCUCAUCCGCAAGCUGGACAGCUAUGAGGUCACAAUGAAGUUUCAUAUCAUCUCAUAUGCCAGCCAGCCAAAAGACAUUGUAAAUAUACAAGACCCCAGCAGUGACAAUGUGGAAUAUGUAUUAGACAAGCUACAGAAGUUCAACCACACAAGUCAUGGGCAGAAGAGAGGCACCAACCUCUACAGUGCUUUGUCUAAAGUGUAUGAGGCCAUGGUCUUCCUCAAGGCGCAGAACAGCAGCAAGUUCAGCGAAACCCAGAAUGUCAUCCUUAUUGAGACAGAUGGCCAUCUUAACAUGGGUGCCCAUCCCAAAAGCGUCCUUGAGAAGAUAAGGGACCUCAUGGGCUACAAAACCAGUGAGAACGACAACACAAAAGAGGAUCUCCUUGAUGUGUAUGUGUUUGGCAUUGGGGACAGUGUGAACAAGAAACAGCUAAAUGCCAUUUCAUCCAGCAAGAGAAAGGAAAAGCAUUUUUUCAUUCUGAAGGACUAUAAACAGUUGGGAGAAGUGUUCAACAAAAUGAUCAGUGAUACAGCAGUGACAACAUGUGGAAUUGCACAGGAGGCCAUCUCAAAAGACUCAUCAGAGAAAUCAUCAAAAAAAACCUACACAAGACCUUGGCAUGUCCAGGUCUAUUGGGAUGACCUCUCAAAAAAAUCCACGACCUGCCAAGGCUCCAUACUGACUGAGAAAUGGGUAAUAACAGCAGCCCACUGCUUGAUGAAACCACAGGAUGGCUUAAGCGUAAAUGCCACUUCUGACAAAGUGACGGUUAAGCAUGGCAAUGGUUCUGUGAGAGCAAGGUCCCUGCACCUGCAUCCACGGUAUAAUAUCCAUGGACUCAAGGCUAAGAACGUUAAAGAGUUUUAUGAUUAUGAUGUUGCACUCAUAGAGGUGGAUGACAUCAAGCUGUCUUGGAAGGCAAGGCCCAUCUGUUUGCCAUGUACAAAACCAUCGAACCAAGCCCUAAAACUCAGUCAAGACUCUACUUGUGAAAAGCAUAAAAGCUCCCUGCUGCAUCUGGAUGAGACCCAGGCCCACUUCAUAAGUAGGGUGUCCAAGGACGAAUACACCCGCAUGCAAACACACAUACAGAGAGGUGUCAAUAGGCAAGAUUGCAUUGAAAAAGCCAGCACUACUUUCUCAUCAGACAACCAAGCCUCUCUCACUGAGGUUGUGACAGACAGGUUUAUGUGCACUGGAGGAUCAAGCUCCUACAAAGAUGCCAUUUCUUGCAAAGGUGAUUCUGGUGGAGCCCUUUUCCUCCGUAAAGGAAUGCGAUAUUUCCAGGUGGGAGUGUUGAGUUGGGGCACCAAAGAUGUGUGUGACAGUAAAGGAAAGGGUCGAACGCACAGAGCAGACGACCCCCCUCAAGAUGCCCGAGACUUCCAUAUUGAUCUUUUCUCCAUCAUGCCGUGGCUUAAACAUCACCUGGGUCAGGAGAUGGAAUUCCUGCCGAUGGAUGGCUGAGAGGUCAAAUGAGGACAAAAGCUUGCAGUUCUAAAACAGAACUUGUGGGGUUUCCUAACAUAUGACAGACAGAAUAUUGUAGCAUGUUAGGGGUAGGUGGGUGGAACUUCUUAGCAUGCCUUGGGGUGAUGGACUGUUACCUCACCCCAGUUCAUUGUCUGAGUCUUUAUAUUGUAUAGACUGCUACAGAUUUAAUUGCAGAUAACAGGCUUGAAACUAUAUUAGAACUGUUAAUGUUUUCACAUUCCACUUAACCCUCUAGCCUAAACGUGAUUCACAGGCACUGUACCUUUUAGAAAAUACAGUCACUGGUUUACUCUUUUGAUAUGACAAGUGUUCAAUCAGUCAUGCAAGGUUUAAUUUUGUAGCUAGACUUGUGCUAAAUCAUUCAGGGACAGUUUGGUGUAUGAAUACAUAUCCUAACUGUAUAUGCAUCAAUAAAUCGCAGUGAGCCAA